UGGUGCACAUUGUUUUCCGUCGCGUGUGAAAAUUGCUGAGUGUAUAAAAACUGUGCAAACUUAGAGAAAACUUCUGCAUUUGGUUGAAAGCACUACCAAUCUGUCCAACGAAGCACGCGAAUGAGAAAUCAGCACGGAAAACUGUGACAAGUGAAGUGAAAGAGUCAAAAUAGUGUUGUUAAUGAGAAAACGACAGCAAAUUGAAUUCAAAGCUGCUUAGUUAUAGACUAUUACCAUCCUCAAGACAACUAACCGAUUACGAGCAAACAUUUCGAGAUCAAUAUUCCAUUAUUGGUUGUGUUGGCAUGUUAAGUGUGUUCGAUGCCGGUGCGGUUAAGUGUCGUCUAUGGCCGAAUCCGUUAAAAGUCAAUCGCUCUCUGCAUUGACGGAGGGGCAGCACGACGACGGUGGUUCAACAGCAACAUCAGCGACAUUGGCUAAUAAAACCAGUGGGACCAACACUCCAAGUUCAUCCAAUCACUCGUCCCAGAGGCGACGCAACAACAACACAAACAGCAACAGAAAAAAGAGCCACCACAAAAACAAGAAACGCAACACAUCGGCUACAUCAGGGCCAACUGUAAGCUCCUCCGUCGACGUAGUACCCGCCACCUCGAUUGCAUCUGCAACCUCCACCCGUCGGUCUCGCAGUCAAGGUCGCCACUCCUCCUCCGCAGCCCGCAGCAGCAAGGAGUCACAAAUCUCCAAGCGCUCCGUGGGAGCCACCCGCUCCCCAUCCUCGCCAGCAUUCAACUCCAUCCCAGUCGUCAGCGAUCAAUCGCUAUCGCCCGGCAGUCGUAAGCGUCAGCUUAACCAGCACAACAACACUAACAACAGAGCCAGCAGUAGCCAACAAUCGGCACCCGGGGGAGAUCAGCUGGUUUGCGCGCCCCUAAAAAAACGCCGCUUGCAGCAGUCUUUGGGACCCGGUAUCGGCGAGGGAGCGGUAGAAAUCGACUUAGGUGCAGCAAGCUUUGACCACACUCCUCGUCAGGCAUCCGGAGACUGUGUUGCACAGCGCACUCGAUCUAAGACCAUUUCGCCGGAGGAGUUGCCAAGCACAAGCAGCGCUGCGGCAGCACGCCAUCAGCAGAUUCGCCUCAGUGCCAGCUCUACCAGCUUCUCAAGCAUCCAUCGAAACAAACGCAAGGCCAGUAUUGGAGGAUCGUUAGCUGCGGUCGAGACCACUCCGCAUAGAGGAACAGCAGCUGCUCGCGCCGGACGCAGCGGUAACCUGCUAAACUACUAUAGAAAAACGCGCAAGGUUAGCCACACACGCUCCUCCCAAAAGUUGGAAAAGCAGCCUAUACCAGCGGAGGAAACGACGGCCAACCGGAACGGAUCAGCCGGAUCUGGAUCCAGUAGCAAGUCAGGUGGGAUACCCAAGAACAGGAAGAGCCUGCGUCAAGCACAGCAGAACCUGCUGGAUACAGAGGCGGCAGAAGUAGACAGUGCUGGUGCUGAAACUGGAGGUGAACAGCAGCAGCAGUCAGAGCACGGAAAUCUGGACGUGAUCGACCAUCUGCCGACCCCUGAAGCUGGUCCUAAUCAAUCAGAGGCAUCAGGAGUCCACAACCAGAGUCAAUUGGAGGCGGAUUGCCAGACCGUGGAGCAGGACGAAGACGACGAGGAGGACGACGAGGAAGAGGAAGAAGAGGAGGAAGAGGAGGUGGGCUUCUACGGGAUUGUAAACUCUGCGGGCUCGUCAUACGAGGAAGACACACAAAUCGUUGCCGAGGAGGACGAGAUCACAACGGAGGAGGAAGUUGACGACGAGGACGACGACGAACUCGAGGAAGAAGACCUCUCGGAAAGCGAAUUCGCCCAGCAACUUAUUGGUGAACUUGGUGGAGAACGACAACAACCUCAACGUGCCAUCAACAACGCAAAAAAAACCAAGAACAACACACCGGCGGUAGCAGCGGCAAGCACUAUCAAGGCGACAACAACAGCAACAACGUCGUCCGGCUAUCAGCAACGUGCCGCCCCCCAUGGACAGGGGGCGGGUCCAGGCGCUGGAGGGGGCGGUCCGCGUGCCACGCGCAGCGGCAACAGCAACUCCAGCAACAACGUUGUUGACUACAGCAUCAUGCCGCACCUCACAACGGGCGCAACAACCACACCAUAUGCCUUGACACCGCAACAGCACCAACAACAACAACCGCCACAACCUCCGUCGCAUCAGCAACAACAAGUACACCAACAACAACAGCCACCUCAAUUGCUGCCCACACAUCAGUUUGCACACUUGUCGCCCUUUGUGACACCGACAGCAGCGGCAGCAGCAGCAGCAGCGGCGGCCCACUAUCCCCCAGCUUCUGCUGCUGCCGCUUACUUUGCACAGCAGCAACACCAUCAGCAUCAGCAACAACAACACGUGCAGCAGGCGCAGACACCGCAGCCACACUAUUACCAUAGUUCAGUGGCUGUGUUGCAUCAACCUCCACCGCACCAUUUUACCUCCACAGGGGCAGGACCACCGCCAGCACUCUUUCAGCAGCAGCCACCGCCGCAGCUAACCCGCUACACGCCAGCAACAGCUACAACAGCGGCUACGUUUGUGCCUCCGCAGCAGCAACAGGUUGUCUACAACCCGCAACAGCAGCAGCAGCAGCACUCCUCACUGCGACGCAGUUCACGUGGCAAGACGGGUUCUUGUGUGAGUUCGGCAGCGGCAGCACAGCAGCAGCACCAUCAGCAGCAGCAGCAACAUAGCUCUGCUGCUGCUGCUGUACAGCAGCAAUUGCUGCCACCGCCUGGUACCUAUCAAUACCAACAGGUGGGCGGCAAUACCGUUGUAGUUGCCGUGCGUCAUCAGCAACAGCUGCAACAGCAGCAGCAGCAGCAACAACAGCAGCAAUUGGCUUUACAUCAUCAGCAUCAGCAACAGCAGCGUGCCACGCUCGUGCAGCCGGGAUUCUUGUUCAGCUAUCGCAGCAAUCAACCCCAGCAGCAACAGCAACCAGCGCAGCAAAUACAUCAGGGCCCCAAAGUGACGCACAGCAGUGCAGCUUCGGAUGCUUUAACAUAUAGUUUGAUGGCACAACAACCGCCAAGUGGACCGCCGCAUGCAGGUGGACAGCAAAUAACGCCAGGUGCAAACUCUGCCAAUCUAAGCAUUGUAGCGGCCGCUCUGAGUGCCGCUCGUGACGUCGGAGGAGGAACCGGCGGAGGAGGAUCAGCGGGAGGCGCAACGCCAGCUACUGGAGCAUCGGCUUCAUCCGUAGGAAACACCAGCGCAGUGGGCGCGUCGAGCAGCAGCAACAGCAGUGCCGGCCAAGCAGCCAGCAGCAGCAACAGCAACAAUGUGACUGCAACAGGAUCGGGGUCGGCUCCUGGCGGAGGACCUACAAGUACCGGGACGACCAGUGGCACUCAGCAUGGCAGUGGAUCGGGGGCAGCUGCAGCCGCUGAUUCGGAAAGCGAUGACAGUGAGGUCGGUCGUCUACAGGCUUUGCUCGAAGCUCGCGGACUGCCGCCCCAUUUAUUCGGUGCCCUUGGCCCAAGGAUGACACAUAUUCUCCACCGAACCAUUGGUAACAGCAGCAGUUCCAAGGCCAAUCAACUUCUGCAAGGAUUACAAUCCCACGACGAAUCCCAGCAGCUGCAGGCUGCCAUUGAAAUGUGCCAGAUGCUCGUGAUGGGCAACGAGGACACCCUAGCCGGUUUUCCAAUCAAGCAAGUGGUACCUGCUCUGAUACAACUCCUUCGUAUGGAGCACAACUUUGAUAUAAUGAACAAUGCCUGUAGGGCAUUGGCAUACAUGCUAGAAGCUUUGCCCCGCUCGUCAGGCACCGUGGUGGAGGCGGUUCCAGUCUUUCUAGAGAAACUUCAGGUCAUCCAAUGCAUGGAUGUGGCUGAGCAAAGCUUGUCCGCCUUGGAGAUUCUGUCACGGCGUCACAACAAGGCCAUCCUGCAAGCAAACGGAAUUUCGGCCUGCCUCACCUAUUUGGACUUCUUUUCGAUUGUGGCUCAGCGCGCUGCUUUGGCGAUUGCGGCUAAUUGCUGCCUAAACAUGCAUCCGGAGGAAUUCCACUUUGUGGCGGAAAGCUUGCCUCUACUAGCUCGCUUGCUCUCCCAGCAGGAUAAAAAAUGCAUUGAAAGCGUUUGUUCUGCAUUCUGUCGUCUAGUGGAGAGUUUCCAGCACGACGGCCAGCGCUUGCAGCAAAUCGCUAGUCCGGACCUGUUGAAGAACUGCCAGCAAUUACUGCUGGUAACACCAGCCAUCCUGAAUACAGGAACCUUCACAGCCGUCGUUCGGAUGCUAAGUCUAAUGUGUUGCAGCUGUCCAGACUUGGCAAUUUCCUUACUAAGGAACGAUAUAGCGGCCACCCUGCUUUAUUUGCUCACCGGAAAUGCGGAGCCGGCUGCUGCCAGUGCUACCCACGUGGAGCUGAUCUCACGCUCGCCUUCAGAGCUGUACGAACUUACCUGCCUCAUUGGGGAGCUAAUGCCGCGCCUUCCUUUGGAUGGAAUCUUCGCUGUGGACUCACUGCUGGACAGACCCACGCUUAAUACCCAGGACCAGGUGCAUUGGCAGUGGCGCGAUGAUCGUGGCUCGUGGCACAACUAUUCUACAAUUGAUUCGCGCCUGAUCGAGGCAGCCAACCAAAGCAGUGAGGACGAGAUAAGCCUGAGCACCUUUGGACGGACCUACACUGUCGAUUUUCAUGCCAUGCAGCAAAUAAAUGAGGACACGGGCACUACACGACCCGUUCAACGUCGUCUUAACCAUAACUAUGUGGCUCCCAUGUCUGCGGGCCAGGACUUGACUACAACAUCUGCUGGAUCAGCAGCCUCGGGAGGAGCGUCCACGUCCGCUGCAGCCGCGGCAGCGUCCUCCAACAACAAUAACAACAAUAAUAAUAAUCCACCAGGCAACAGUGUCAACCUCAAUCAAGUAAAGCGCCGUCCAUCUCUGGAUGCUAGAAUCGCAUGCCUUAAGGAGGAGCGGGGUCUGGCUGCGGACUUUAUCAAGCACAUCUUUAACGUACUGUACGAAGUGUACAGUUCUUCUGCCGGACCAAAUGUGCGUUACAAGUGCCUGCGCGCCCUUCUGCGGAUGGUGUACUAUGCCACGCCGGAGCUGUUGCGCCAGGUGCUCAAGUAUCAGCUCGUCUCUAGCCACAUUGCUGGCAUGCUGGGAAGCAAUGAUUUGCGCAUCGUUGUGGGAGCUCUUCAAAUGGCUGAGAUCUUAAUGCGCCAACUUCCCGAUGUCUUUGGCACGCACUUUCGUCGUGAGGGAGUUAUCUACCAGUUCACUCAGCUCACUGAUCCAAACAAUCCGAUAUGCGCGAAUCCCUCGCCGAAACCGCUUAGCACAACAGCCACGCCCACCGCCAAUGCAGGCGGAUCACAAUCGGCUCCUGCCUCCGCCAACAGCCUGCAAGUAAAUCCCUUUUUCAUGGAUAGUGCUCCGGGUGUGUCGAGUGCUUCCACGACUCCCAGCAGUAGCAAGCAUCAAUCGUACAGCGUGAAGAGCUUCUCGCAUGCCAUGAACGCCAUAACAGCCAGCGCCAAAGGAACUCCUACUGCAGCGUUGGACGCCACAAGCUCAUCUACCACAGCUGGUGGUUAUAAUUACAGCAGCUCGGCACCGUCUUCUUCCUCCGGAGCACCCGCUGCCUACUUUGUGACCCAACAGGGAGAUCCGCGCCAGUACGUGCACUUUCAGCAGCCGGCCGUUCCACCACCACCACCGCAGUUGGAACUGUUACCAACGGGAGUUCAGCAGCAAGGGCAGCAGGUGCCUCAGGUGAUCUACCAGCCACAUCAUCAACAGCCUGCACAUUUAGUGCUGGCCUCCACCAGCAGUGCCGCUGCUUCGGCGUCCUCAUCUUCGUCCUCCUCGUCCUCGGCGUCUGCGCUGCAGCACAAGAUGACGGACAUGCUAAAGCGAAAAGCUCCUCCGAAGCGUAAAUCGCAGAGCGGUGGCAGGGCAAAAUCUAGACAAGAAGAUGCAGCCGUCGCACCAGCGGGAUCUGGACCAGGGGGAGCACCUCCUUCUUCGUCCGGCUCAGCUAUGCAUGAACUUCUCAGCCGUGCCACAAGUCUUGGUAGCGGCAACGGUGGCAGAAGUACGCCAAGUUCGGGAGGUGGCUCUGGGAGCUCCAAGUCCCGCUUUAACGCCGGAAACUCGUCUAAUGCCGGAUCGAGCAAAUCUUCGUUCCUGGCUUCGCUCAAUCCAGCUCGCUGGGGCCGUCAAACGACCCAUCAUCAUCAUCACCAGUCUCAGCAGCAGCAUCAUGGUCUUUCUAAAGAUUCCGGCAACUCGAACUCAACAGGUUCCGGAUCCGGAGCUGGUUUAGCAUACACGGUGAGCCAACAUGGCACUGGUAGUGGAGCCGGAGGACUGAACGCUGCAGCCGUUGCGGCGAGUAUCAGCAAGAGCAUUUCCCACGCCAAUCUCCUAGCGGCGGCCAACAGAGAGAGAGCGCGUCAGUGGGUCCGCGAACAGGCUGUGGAUUUUGUAAAGCGUUACACUGAGCAGGAGGCCAAAAGGAGCAAGGCGGCAUCCGAGAGUGGUGCCACUCAGAGCGGAAGUAGUGGAGUGGGAUUAUCGUCUACGGGCAAUACUCCAUUGUCCACAGCGGGCAGUACCAAUGUCCUGGAGCGUUUGUCCAGCAUUCUGUUCAAGCUUAACGGGAGCUACCACGACUGUUUAGAUGCUCUCCUCGAGCUGAAGACCAUCCUUUUGGAGAGCGACAUCUCUCCCUUCGAGGUAAAUCAUUCGGGCCUGAUCAAAGCCAUGCUCAACUAUAUGACUAGCGAGACUGGUCUGGUUGAGCGCGAUGCACGCCUGCGCAGCUUUAUGCAUGUAUUUGCUGGCCUUCCAUUAGAGCCUCUGCUGCAAAACGUCGGCCAGAUGCCAACUAUCGAGCCGAUAGCCUUCGGAGCCUUUGUGGCCAAGUUAAAUGGUUGUGUCACGCAACUAGAACAGUUCCCCGUUAAGGUACAUGACUUUCCUGCCGGUCCUGGUGGAAGGUCCAAUCAGAGUGCUCUGCGUUUCUUCAACACUCAUCAGCUUAAGUGCAACCUGCAACGGCAUCCGCAGUGCAAUAACCUACGUCAGUGGAAGGGCGGCACUGUAAAGAUCGACCCCUUGGCCAUGGUCCAGGCCAUCGAGCGUUACCUGGUGGUGCGCGGCUAUGGUGGCAUCCGUGCAGAAUCCGACGACGACAGUGAAGAGGAUAUGGAUGACAAUGUGGCGGCAGUGGUGUUGAGCCAGGCGAGCUUUAGACACAAGCUGCAGUUUACGAUUGGGGAUCACGUGUUGCCCUAUAACAUGACGGUUUAUCAGGCGGUCAAGCAGUUCUCGCCACUGGUCAGUGAACAGCCUGAGACGGACAACGAGUCUGAGACUCUUUUAGGAAACGCUAGUAUAUGGGUGCAGCAGCAUACUAUUCACUAUCGUCCUGUAGAGGAGGAAGUGACUUCGGGAGCGGCUGCGGGAGCAGCAUCCAGCAGCAGUUCGUGUAGCAGUGGCGUGCAAAAACAGCAGAGUACUUCGAGCUCCGCAUCCAGCUGUGUAAACGCUACCUCUUCGUGCUCCUCAUCUUCUGGAGUGGCAAGCGGUGGCGGGUCGUCAACAAAGAAGGCUCACAAAUCUAGCAGCAAGUUCAUGCGCAAGAAGACUGAGCUAUGGCACGAAGGAAUAGCUCCAGGAGUGAUUUCAGCUCUAAAGCCUUUCCUUAGCAGCUCUCUUCCAGCUGAUGUUGUGACCGUACAAGACGCCUCACUGGAUGCACUAUGCAUGCUGCGAGUUAUUCAUGCUCUAAACCGUCACUGGGACCAUCUCUACGGUUGUGUGGUGCGCCAAAACAUUAUCCCCCAGUCAGACUUUAUACAUCCUAAGAUUAUGGCCAAAGCGAAUCGCCAGCUGCAGGAUCCGCUUGUCAUCAUGACGGGCAAUCUACCACAGUGGCUUCCCCAGAUAGGCAUGGCCUGUCCCUUCCUUUUCCCCUUCGAGACUCGUCAUCUGCUUUUCUACGCAACCAGCUUUGAUCGGGAUCGCGCUUUGCAGCGUCUGUUGGACACUACCCCCGAUCUUAAUGCAGCGGAGUCUUCAGAACGCGUUGCUCCUCGCCUUGAUCGCCGCAAGCGCGCAAUUUCCCGGACAGAGAUACUCAAACAGGCGGAGCACAUCCUGCAGGACUUUGGGCAUUCGAAGGCACUGCUGGAAAUUCAGUACGAGAAUGAGGUUGGAACGGGUCUGGGACCUACAUUGGAGUUCUACGCGUUGGUUUCUGCAGAGCUGCAGCGUACCGAUCUUGGCCUAUGGAAUGGCAGUGAUAGCUACAAACAGAACUCUGUGACCAUUGUAGACGUAGUCAAGGCUAACAGCGCUGUGCUGCACAUCGAGGAUGCUCUUGAGGCAACCACCAUGGACCAGAACACUCCAGCAGUAGCAGGAGCGUCGCUUGUGAGCAGCACCACCACCACUACAACAACCACCGCUCAAUCACACCAGCAUCCACCCACCCGCUCUAGCAGUCGUUCGCACGUCUUGCGUAGCGGAGCUGGCCAACAGCCGGUGGAGCACAGCUCCUCUAGCACCGGCGCAAAUGAGAAUGCUUUAAAUAUGAUUAUAGCACAGCAAUUUAGUGAUACAAACACUGCUAACCCAGCAGCGAUUGAUAAUCCCAGCAGCACCACUACCGCAACAACGGUUGUACAGCAGAACACCACUACGAAUAACUCAAGCAUUAUCACGACUACAACCACAACAAGUUAUGUGCAUGCGGUGCAUGGCCUGUUCCCUUUGCCUCUGGGUAAAUCUUCAAAGCUUCCGCAGAUGACCAAAGCCAAGGCCAAAUUCAAGUUCUUGGGAAAGUUCAUGGCAAAGGCGGUGAUGGACAGUCGCAUGUUGGAUUUGCCAUUUUCUCUGCCAUUCUAUCGCUGGUUAGUCAGCGAAGAGCAUUCAAUUGGCCUGGCCGAUCUGAUGCGUGUGGCCCCGGAGGUCCAAAACACUCUGGUGCGACUCCAAGACUUGGUUCGCCAGCGUGAGUACAUUCUAUCCGAUCCAAACAUCGAUGCCAUGGAAAAGACUGAAAAGAUUGAACAGCUAGACUUGGAUGGCUGCCCAAUUGCUGACCUAGGCUUGGACUUCGUAUUGCCCGGACAUGCCAAUAUAGAGUUGUGCCGCGGCGGUCGCGAUACACCUGUCACUGUGCACAACCUUCAUCAGUACAUCUCCCUGGUCACAUACUGGUUCCUUAUCGAGGGUGUCCAGAAACAGUUUGAGGCUUUGCGGGAAGGUUUUGAUUCCGUUUUUCCAAUUCAACGCUUGCGAAUGUUCUAUCCAGAGGAGUUGGAGUGCGUUUUCUGCGGAUCGGGCAGCGAUCAACAGCAGUCGCGAUGGGAAACCAAGAUGCUGCAGGAGAGCUGCCGCACCGAUCAUGGAUUCCACCAGGAAUCGCAAGCUAUCCAAUAUCUGUAUGAGAUCCUGGCCUCGUACAACCGCGACGAACAGCGCGCCUUCUUGCAGUUUGUGACUGGAUCACCACGCCUUCCGACUGGAGGAUUCAAGGCCCUUACGCCUCCAUUGACUAUUGUGCGCAAGACGUUGGAUGAGAACCAAAACCCCAACGAUUACUUACCAUCUGUGAUGACCUGUGUCAACUAUCUGAAGUUGCCCGACUACUCCAGUCGCGAGGUGAUGAGGCAGAAGCUUAAAGUGGCCGCUAACGAGGGCAGCAUGUCUUUCCACCUCUCAUAAACAAGCAACAAACCAAAACCCAACCCAAGCCCGCUUUCCACAAAAAACCAGAUCUACAGCAACACAAAUCGGACACUACAAAAAUACUACAUGGAAUAUAUUAAGGAGGAUAUAUUCCGGAUGGAUUAAUUGGAUGGGGGUCCUAUUUGCAUUUUUUCUUUCGAAAGUUAUUUUCGCCGCGCGCGUUUCCCCAAACUCCUUAAAUUUUUCAUUUUGGCAAGCGCGUGUCAUGCUAAAUUUCAAUAUGAAUAUAUAAGAACAAUAUAUUUUUUAUUACGAAGUUUUGCAAAAAAGAUAAACGGAAACGGAUAACAUCGAGAAAGAAAAUAAUGAUGGACCUCUCACACAAAAUGUUACCUUAAAAAAAAUUGAAUAGUAAACAUCGAUUAUUCAAUAAAACACCAUUUGUCCACCCAUAAACGCACAAAGCGGUUUAUUUGUCGAUUAAGGCUUUGCUUUCGUUCUAGUUAAAUUUGUUUAGUUUGCUUUUCCCAUUCUUAUUAUUCUCAUGCUAAUUCUAAUUCGUACUAUAAUCAAACCAUUAUUUUAUUAAGUUUUUAUUUGUUAUGUUGAACUAUUUCUCUGGCGUUUAACUAUGAGUUUAAUUAAUUUGUAAGCAUACAAUACAAUGUGCAUAAACGCUUAUUAGAAAGAAACGUGAAUGAAAAUACAAUGAAGGGGAAACACUGAAGCAUUGGAGGUGAGGAGUAGCACUUAUAUGGAAAAGGAAGAAUUCAUAGUUUUACAUAUAACUCCCAAAAUAAAUGAUCUAAAUAAAUUAAAACGCCCACCCUUAAAAGUUACAUAUAAAGAUUUAAUAAUAUAUAAAACGUAAUUAUCUAUCUUGCAAGUCUAAAAGAAAAUUUAAUGCAAAUUUUGCAAGCUGUGUUACAUAAAGAAACAAAUAAAAACAAAUGCCAUCAUUGGGUGUAUGUUU